AUGGCCGACCCUCGGCGUGACGGCAUGUUGCCCCAACGGCAACAGCGCCCUUACCAAGACUAUGGCCCAUCGUCGACAGCAUACCAGCGAGAUGCCGCUUUCUCCAACAUCUUUGGCGCUGCUCCCCCUCCCGGCCGAUCCCAAACCAUGACUUCGUCGUCUGCUCCCCCUCCGCAGUUCCUAGUCGACUCUGGACGCACACACACCAUGUCGUCCUCAACCACAGGCAUGAACGACGUGCAACGAUCACCGCCUCACCUUCCACAUCCCGCCGGAUACGGGGAUCAGUUCGCCCCGCCGCGGCAACGUCCAGCCGAUGGCAGCCAGGGAGGCUCAGGAGGUGGAUAUGGACACGGAUAUUACCAGGGCCAGCCACAGCAGCGCUCGGUCUCGAGUGGCCCGCAGGUUCCUUCUCCCCAAUACCUGCAGACACAACAGCAACAAGCCCGUCGGCCCUACCCAGGUCCGUCGCCAGUGCCUCCUCCAGGCGCUCCGGGGCCGCGAUUUGAGCAAACCCGCGCUCCGCCCCCCCAAGGCUACUACGGCAAUCAGCCACCAGGCCGCUCGCCUGCUCAGCGUUUCCACCAAGGCGGUGGACCUCCUCCGGCUUUGAACGCAGACCCUUACAGAUCGCAGUCGCUGGCUAGUUAUCCGAGACCACAGAUGUAUCCUCCGCAGCAGCAGUCAGGUCAGUACCAACAAGCACCGCCAAAUGCUUUCCGACAGGCUCCCUCGUAUAACCAGUACUCGGCCCGCACUACUGCUCAGGGCCGGAUUGUCCCAGAGAGACAUCCUGAUGAGCGCUCCAUGACCAUGACUGGCUAUCCUUCGUACGACUACCGCGACGCCCACCAGACGAUGAGUGGCCGCGUUAUUCCCAACCGGAAGCCUGUUGGCACUGGAGGUCCGCCUCACGAUUACGUGGGCGGUCACGCUCCCUCGAACAUGGGCUACGCUCAGCCAGGGUCACAAACCAGGACUAUGAGUAUGGCCUCGUCCAUUGGCCAUGAAAGCACCAGGACCAUGUCUAUGGCCUCGACGAUCGCCCCUCCGCCGUCAUCGAAGGGUCCGAACGACAGGCCGGAUCAGCGGACUUCCAUGCCCAAUUCUAUCAAUGGCGAACGCCCGCCCACUGCGAAGAUCCGGUCGCCGGUCAUCUACCCAGCUCUCUUGUCCCGCGUAGCCGAAGUCUUCCGCCAGAAGAUCGUCACGGGCGACCGUACGAAGAACGAGCUUACGUAUAAGAAUGCCUUCAGCGGUGCCGAGGCCGUCGAUGUUCUGUCUUACAUUAUCCGGACUACCGAUCGCAAUUUGGCCCUGCUGCUUGGUCGUGCCCUCGAUGCCCAGAAGUUCUUCCACGAUGUCACCUACGAACAUCGCUUGCGUGAUUCGAGCCACGAAAUCUACCAGUUCCGCGAGACUGUCAAUGCUGAUGGCUACGAGGAAAAGCCCACCGUGAACGGCGUCUUCACCCUGCUAACCGAAUGCUAUUCCCCAACAUGUACCAGAGACCAGUUAUGCUACUCGAUUGCUUGCCCACGGCGGUUGGAACAAGUGGCCCGGCUCAACCUCAAGCUGGGUCCUGGCCUGAAGAGGGAUGGCUCCGCCAAUAUGAACGACGACGACGCCGACCAGACAGACGAGCAGAAGCUCUGGAUCAACAGCGUGCCGAAGGAGAUUGCCGACAGCAUAAGCGACCGCGAAAAGAAACGUCAGGAGGUUAUCUCGGAAAUCUGUUACACCGAGCGCGACUUUGUCAAGGAUCUCGAGUAUCUGCGCGACUUCUGGAUCUACCCCUUGCGCGGCAAGUUUGGCGGCUCUCCCAUCCCUGCUUCCCGCCGCGAGCGCGUCGUGCGCACUAUCUUCAGCAAUAUCAUCGAUCCCCCGAGCAUUCACGCGAUCAGCUCUCGCUUCGCCCGUGCACUAACCGAGCGCCAGCAAAAGGCCCCCGUCGUCAAGCAGAUUGGCGAUGUGUUCCUCGAGUUCGUGCCUCAGUUCGAGCCCUUUAUCCUGUACGGUUCGCGGCAGCUGGAGGGCAAGUGGGAGUUCGAGCAGGAGAAGUCCAUCAAUAAAGACUUUGCCCGCUUUGUCGAGGAAGUCGAACGCCGCAGGGAGUCGAGAAAGCUUGAGCUUAACGGUUAUCUGACCAAGCCAACUACACGUCUGGCUCGUUACCCGCUGCUUCUUGAAAACGUGCUCAAGUAUACAGAGCCGGACAAUCCGGAUAAGGAGGACAUUCCCAAGGUCUUGCAGAUGAUCAGAGACCUACUGAGCAGGGUCAAUGCCGAAUCCGGCAAAGCCGAGAACCGCUUCAACCUGCGCCGUCUGCAUGAGCAGCUCCGCUUCCGCAGUCCAGCCGAGCGCGUCGACCUCAAACUCACUGAAGAGGGCCGCGAGCUUGUCUUCAAGACCCAGUUCAAGAAGUCUCCUACCGAGAACCCAGAUAUUACCGCAUUCUUGUUUGACCAUGCCGUGCUGCUCGUACGCAUCAAACAGGUUGGCAAGACAGAGGAAUACAAGGCGUAUCGCAGGCCGAUUCCGCUGGAGCUCUUGUCCAUCAAGGAGAUGGAGGAGAUUUUCCCUCAAAAUGGCGCUGUCAAACGCUCAUCUUCGAGUUUGCUGCCCGCCCUGCGCAAUACAAGCACUGAGGCCAAGAAGGGCGAGGGUUGGCCCAUUACCUUCCGGCACCUGGGUAAGAACGGCUAUGAGCUAACGCUCUACGCGACCAACCAGUCGGGCCGUCAAAAGUGGCUCGAACACAUCGACCAGGCUCAGCAGCGCCUGCGUGCCCGCGCCGACUUCCUCAACAGGACGGUCAUCUCGCAUAGCUUUUUCACCGGCACCAACAGGGUCAACUGCGUGGCCCCAUUUGAUGGCGGCCGCAAGCUCAUCGUUGGCACCGACCAGGGUAUCUACGUCGUCGACCGCAAGAUCAAGGAGCAGGCGCCCAAGCGUGUCAUCGACGUGUCCAACGUCACGCAGGUCGACGUGUUGGAAGAGUAUUCUCUGCUCCUCGUAUUGUCGAACCGCACGCUGUUGUCCUUCCAGCUCAGCGCACUCGACCCGAACGAGCCCAUCUCGGCCAAGAAGGGCAAGAAGAUUCAGAGCCACUGCAACUUCUUCAAGUCGGGUAUCUGCCUCAGCCGCCACUUGGUGUGCGCUGUCAAGACGUCGGCGCUCAACACGCUUAUUCGGGUGUACGAGCCCAACGAGGCCAUGUCGCGCACCAAGAAGCAGAAGGGUCUCAGCAAGAUGUUCAACGCUGGCCAAGACGAGCUCAAGCCUUUCAAGGAGUUCUAUAUUCCCAUCGAGUCGUCAUCUGUCCACUUCCUCAAGUCCAAGCUGUGCGUGGCCUGCUCACGUGGGUUUGAGGUCGUCAGCCUCGAAACACUCGAGACGCAGUCGCUGCUCGACCAGGCCGACACAUCGCUCGACUUUGUUGCACGCAAGGAAGGCGUCAAGCCGAUUCAUAUCGAGCGCAUUGCUGGCGAGUUUCUGCUCAACUACUCGGAGUUCUCCUUCUUUAUCAACCGCAACGGCUGGCGCGUGCGUCCCGAAUGGCGCCUCGACUGGGAGGGCACUCCGCAGGCGUUUGCGCUCAACCUACCCUGGAUCCUGGCCUUCGAGCCGAACUUUAUCGAGCUCAGGCAUAUCGACAAUCUGUCGGUGCACAUUGUGCCACAUAAGAAUAUCCGGAUGUUGCAUAGCAGCACGCAUGAGAUCCUCUUCGCCUACGAGGAUGAGCGCGGUGACGAUGUCAUCGAAGCCCUCGACUUCUGGAAGAGCCAGCAGCGCAAGUCUGAGAUGUUCCCGCAGGGCAACAACCAGGGCAACACGACACCGGCAUCCCCGACCCCUGCUGCCGGGGCACAGCAACAAUCAGCGGGGGCAUCUGGAACACCGGCUUCGCCACCGCGGUAA